CUGCAGCCUCGACCUCCCUGGCUCCAGACGUGGACAUCUUCCAGCAACAGAUCUCGAGAAGACAGCUGGCUAAAAUCCUUAUUUGUCCGGAAAGUUGAUCCAAGAAAAGAUGCCCACUCCAAUCUCCUAGCCAAAAAGGAAACAAGCAAUCUAUACAAAUUACAGUUUCACAAUGUUAAACCGGAAUGCCUAGAAGCAUACAACAAAAUUUGUCAAGAGGUGUUGCCAAAGAUUCACGAAGAUAAACACUACCCUUGUACUUUGGUGGGGACUUGGAACACGUGGUAUGGCGAGCAGGACCAAGCUGUCCACCUCUGGAGGUAUGAAGGAGGCUAUCCAGCCCUCACAGAAGUCAUGAAUAAACUCAGAGAAAAUAAGGAAUUUUUGGAAUUUCGUAAGGCAAGAAGUGACAUGCUUCUCUCCAGGAAGAAUCAGCUCCUGUUGGAGUUCAGUUUCUGGAAUGAGCCUGUCCCACGAUCAGGCCCUAAUAUAUAUGAACUCAGGUCUUACCAACUCCGACCAGGAACCAUGAUUGAAUGGGGCAAUUACUGGGCUCGUGCGAUCCGCUUCAGACAGGAUGGUAAUGAAGCCGUCGGAGGAUUCUUCUCUCAGAUUGGGCAGCUGUACAUGGUGCACCAUCUUUGGGCUUACAGGGAUCUUCAGACCAGGGAAGACAUACGGAAUGCAGCAUGGCACAAACAUGGCUGGGAGGAAUUGGUAUAUUACACAGUUCCACUUAUUCAGGAAAUGGAAUCCAGAAUCAUGAUCCCACUGAAGACCUCGCCCCUCCAGUAAAGCUGUAGAGUUUCUAUGUGCCUACAUACAUUUCUGUGACAAGUAUUUGUCAUAAAUUAAUUUUAAUUGUAUAUCACGUGAAAAACACUGAGGUUUAAGCUGCUGUAUAUAGCUUGUGAGAAACCUCUUUUCUUUAAAAUUUACGUAAUCACAAGAAAGGAAAGAAUUACAGUUGGACUGAUUGUGACAGUGCCCUGUUGUCCUCUUUGAAACACCCCCGUGUUGUCCAGUGUACCUUAUAACACUUAGCCACUUCUCCCCACCCUCCAGGAGGGGUCCACAUUGAAUUCUGAAUCAUCUUGAAAAUAAGAUUCCAACCACAAAAACAACUAGCCAUUUCUUUACUAAAAAACAAAAAACAAAUCUGUUUUAUAAUUACAGAUUUUUAGACAAAUUUCUUGUAUCAGGAAGAAAUACAAAUUUUGUCAUGUUUCUCAAGCAGUUUUUCUGAGUAGUUUCUGAGGAGGAACAAAUUACGAGUGUGCCCAAUAACUGAAAAUGUUUUAACUCACUCUCAUUUGUAAGCAGUCCACAUAGUAGACAAUGGGUUUUCCAGGCUGGGCAAGGUACAUUUAAUCAGUAAAUCAGUUUCCUAUCAUGUAUCGUGAUGUGUCAGUGUGAGACACAAAAACAAUGGCUUGAAACUUGUGUAUCAUAUGUGAUUUUGAAAUGAACACCUUGAAUAGCACUAAUUUUUAUUUGUGAUAUUUUUCUAUAACAAAACAAGUAGCACUAGGAAAAGAGGUUUUAUUUUGUAAACGAUCAUUUGUGACCUCAGACACUCUCUGGCUAAUAUUUUAAUAAGCUCACAGCAGAUUAUUCUGAGAUCAUGGAUGAGGAGUGGUGCAUGUUGAGAUUUAAAUUGGCAUAAAGCUGCAUCCUUUUUGUCUUGCUGUUUGAUUUCAUUGUUUAAUAUGGUGUGCCAAUUUCGUGACUGUUACCAUGUGAAAGUCCUGUUGAAAUGAACAAUCAUGUCUGCCCCACAAUCAAGGAUGCCUGUGUGAAGUGUGAGUCAAUCUCAUACCCAAUGUCAGACUUUUACAUGUCAAUGAUUUUCUCCAAGAACAUAGAAAAGUCAAUAAAAUCCUCUUAAUUUUCACAUA